AUGGGCAAGAAGCACAAGAAAUCUUCCACUUCCACCGAUGAUGAUGUUAAAGCCAAGAAACACAAGAAAUCUUCCACUGCAACCGACGAAAAUUAUGAAGAUGAAAUCAUUGUCUCGAAAAAUGAGUUCAAAGAAAUGAAGAAAUCUAUCAAAGUGCUGUCUGAAGUUGUGAAGAAACUACAAGAGAUUCUACCGACAAAAGCCGAUCUUCUAGAGUUUUCAUUGAAGGAGAAUGCAAUUCCAAAGAAAAAUGAGGAAGCAAUUCCAAAGACAAAGGAGGAAGAGGAAUUUACUUGCUGUUUCGAAUGCGAAGAGGCGACUAGACACAAUGAUCAAACCCUUUUAGUUAAGGGAUUUGAUAAUGUGCGACCUAGGGAUGAUAUCAAGAAUGAUUUGAUUAGAGUUUUCGGCUCUCUUGGAGAGAUCACAAGAGUUUUUGUUCCCAUGGAGUGUAAAACCGGUGUUCCCUUAGGAUUUGCUUUCAUUGAUCUGAAAAAUGGUCAAGGCAAUGAGAAGGCGUUAGAACUAAAUAAAAGUUACGUGUACGGAAGGAAGAUUAAGGUGAAGAUGGCUAAAGAUAGUGACAAAUUCUAUGGCUUUCGCAACUUUGGAGGGUGUCGACGUUGUUACUAUGCGACUAAAGUCUUCAGUCCUCCCGAAAUGUGGAACAAUAUGUAUGAUAUGCCAAUGUAG